AUGAGUUCCACGGCUUCCUCAGCCACCAGAACCGUCCUCGGCGGCGGCGGUCCGGUCUUAACCAACGGCUCCGGAUUACAUACCUUCGCCAUGGGCGGAGAUGGGGGCUCUGUCGGUCGCGGCGGCAAGCCCCCGCUACCACAUAUAGACGAUCUCACAUCCACCGCUCCUCACAUCGACAUGAACCUACCCUUGCGCAAAAUCCUUGAGAUGGCCGACAACGCCAUGCGACAAGCCGAGACCUUUCGCGACUUCGGUCGACCCGAUAUGGCCUUCAAGGAGUAUAUCAAGGCCUCACUGAUUGCUGUCAAAUACGUGCCCAUGCACACCGAGUCCGUAUCGGUCAAGGGCGGUCGCGGGGACUUAAACCGCAUUUACACCGCUCUUAUGAAGAAGAUAGACUCACAGCAUGGGAACUUUGAACGGAUCAAGGCGGAUAUCAUUGCGGAUAAUCAGAAGACAGGCGUCAGGCCCACGACAUCAAGACCAACUUCCAUCAGUAACGGGGAUGCCAUCCGCCCGCGGACACCGCAAACCCCCCCGGUCACGAGCCCCACCCGCGCCGAAGCCGGGACGCAGGUCAAUGGGUCGCCGGCAGCCAAAGCGAAGCCGGCGGUCCAACCGAAACCCCAGUCUUUGCAUGGAAACGUGAUUCGUUCCGGGGCCGGCGGGCCUGGUCUUCCUAAGAGCAAGGCCGCAGAGGAUCUAGCUGCCCGUUUCGCUAAUCUGCGAGGACCUGUAGCAUUGCCCGGUCAGGACCCCCGCAUACGGACGCACCCCAUCAUGCCCCAGAGACCGGCAGGACCGAGAGCGAUGCCAGAUCCGCCCGGAAAACCAAGGGUGGCUGUCGUGACGAGUCUUCCGGAUCUGCCCAAGAUGCCAGACGCGAUCUACAGUCCGGCUAGAGGAACCGUAUCCAACGAAGCGGCUUCACUACCUUCGAGCACGCCAAGGGGCUUGUUUAGCCGGACAGGCUCUUCAGCUUCGAUUAAUACCGUCGUCGCUGCCAGUCGAUCAUCCUCCGACUACUUCACUGCCUCCAAUGCCGCCGUAACUUCCAGAACCUCCAGCAUUUCGAUACCCGAGGGCGACUCCAUUACUGCUGAAGACCUAAUGAACUACAUCAAAAGGGGAUCCGCAACCUUGCAAGUCUUAAUUAUCGACAUUCGAGGCCGGGAGGACUUUGAUGAAGGUCACAUACUGUCGCAAGCGGUCAUCUGCGUUGAACCUAACAUUCUUCUACGAGAAAACAUCUCAUCGGAACAAAUAGCUGAGAGUAUGGUUCUUUCACCGCCUCAGGAAUACCGCCAUUUCGAGAGGCGGGAUGCUUUUGACCUAGUGGUUUUCCACGACCAGGAUUCGGACUCAAUACCGCGGUACAUAUCUCCCGAUAUGGACGCCGCCGCUUUGUUGUCUCUCCAACGCGCAUUAACAUACUUCAACUACGGCAAAGAGCUGAAGAACCCCCCUAAGCUACUACAAGGGGGCUUGGAUGCUUGGACAGACCUCAUGGGCAGGAGCGCCCUCGCUACUUCGCAUACCGCCGGUGCUGUGAGAGCACCGCUGGCCCGUUCUCCGUUGAAACCCACUAUUUCCAUCUCUAAGCCUAGCAGGAAGUACAAGGUGACGCCGCUGAAGCCCGAGGAGGUCAAGCUCUGGGAGGAAACGUUGCACAAUGCAGAGAUUGAGACAGCGCGGUCUCCAGGCUUCAUGCAUGUGCGCAGUACAGAGGAGUUCUUGAGGAGAUUUCCUGCUGUAGCCACCGAGCAGGAAUCCAUGCAGUCGCCAGUCAGCCCUGAUCGGCCGAACCAUGGUUACUCCCAAAACCAUGCCGACAUAUACUCUGAGCUGCCUUCGCCGCCUACUCGACCUGCUCCGGCUGUACCUCGUCCGAGCUACAGUGGUUUAUCACAGACACAGGAUGAUCACGAGGCCCAUGCCGCGGUUGCGCUUUCCAACCAAGCCCGGAAUCUGAAGCAGGGUCCUCUUGCUCGGCCAGACUCUCCCUCGGUCGGGAAUGCCGUGAAGGAUGGCCUACACAUUACUGGCCUCAAUAACCCUGGUGUAUGGUGUUAUGCCAACAGCACGAUUCAAGCUCUUCGGAUGUCCCCUGGAUUCGGGAAGGACCUCGCCUCUUUUGAAUGGCAAAACAUGUACAAGGUGCCACGGAAGGCUGAUGAGAAAAAUGAUCACCCCCAGUUGAUGUCUCGGAUCCUAUCCAACUUGUUCCACUGGCUAGACUCUGGCAAGUUUGACGUCAUGAAGGCUCAGACACUUAUGGACUAUUCUCGGUCAGUCUGCGAGAAGAGCCGCAUCAAGGACAAGGGUGAUGAAUUUGGUGGCAAUCGGCAACAAGAUGCACAAGAGUUCAUGUCAUGGCUCAUGACUUACCUCCACGACGAGACAAACGUACGCCGAGACCGCGUUGAUCCAGACAAGACCACUCCGCCGCAAAUGGGAGGCGGCAAAUCAAUGUUGCAAGGCAGUUACGAGUGGUGGGGCCAGUACCAAAGGAAGAAUCUGUCCAUUGUCGAUAAAUACUGGAGAGGCUUGGAGCUUUCAACCGUGGUCUGCAUGCAAUGCAACAACCGAACAUACACCUGGUCCACCCACGACUUUCUUUCGGUGCCUGUCAACUCAAAGACACGCACCCUGGAAGACUGUGUGAGAGCAUUUUUCGAGCCCGAAACCCUUGAGGACUAUCAAUGCGACAACUGCAAUAAGAAAGUGGAAGGGAGAAAGCAGUCACGGCUGGCACGGAUGCCUGAGCUCUUUUGUCUCUCCUUGAAACGCUUCAACUACACGGAUCACGGAUCCAGAGCUUUCAAGGACAGCAGCAAGAUUACCUGGGACUUUAAUAACUUCAACCUCGAUCAGUUCUUUAUACCGCCCGAAGAACGCCAGACUGUGGGCCCCCCGCCGGACGAGAAGUUUGAGCUCCCAUUCGACUAUGAGUGCUAUGCAGUUAUUGUCCACUCGGGAACAGCCAUCAGUACUGGGCACUAUUACGCAUACGUCCGGGACACCCAUAAUCCCGACCCUACAGCUUGGUACAGAAUCAGCGAUGCAAAGGUCACCAGCAUCCGAAUCGAUGGGACGGGCCGGGGGUCUGACUUUAGCGACACAGUGUUUAGGAAAGACAGCAGUGACGUGCCGUAUCUAAUUUUCUUCCGGAGAAAAGGCGGCCGGUCGGCGAGGAGAUGA